CAAGAAUAUUUCCGGUUAAUAGUUUCCGGCUACAUUACGUUACUUUCCGUGGGGCAUCUUACUGCGGAUUGUUUGCACCCCAGGUUAAUUUUGACUGUACACUGCUGAAUAAAAAUCAAACGCACUUCAAAAGGAUAGAGCUCUGUAAAGCAUCUAGUUAACCUACUGAUAAUGAAUAAAGACAAUUAUUGGAUGAUUGAAAAGAUUCUGAAUCUUACUCUGGAGAUUAUCUUCGUACUGACUGGAGAGGAUUAUAUUGUUGUGAAGAAGUCUGAUGUCCAUGUUGCAAAUAACAGCAGUGCACGUGUUACAAAAGGUAUCUGUAGGACCCAGAGCCCCAAUAAAGAGUCUACAUCUCAUUUUCUGUUACAUGACAAAAUCAAUGACAAGAAGAUCCAGGAACUGGCCAACAUGAUCAUUGACCUGCUGAAUGGAGAGGUAUCUGUAAGAUGUGAGGAUGUUGCCCUAUUUUUUUCUGUGGAGGAGUGGAAAUAUAUAGAAGGACACAAGGAUCAUUACAAAGAUGUCAUGAUUGAGGAUGACCAACCGUAUGCCUUAUUCGGUGGACUCGAAGGUCGAAUCGCAGGUGAUGGACUGAUCUCAUAUUCUUCACAACCACAUUGUGCAGACAAAGAUGAAUAUAUAUUUAAAUCUAAAAGGGAAGCACAUUAUGUAAUAGAUAAACCAAGUGGUAGACAAUGUAAAUAUUUUAGAAAUGUUGGAGAGAAAACUGCUUUGCAUGCAGAAGUUGACCUUGCAGGUAUGUACCUACCAACAGAAUGUACUCUGGCAAAAUAUACAUCUAGUAAUGUGAUGGAGGAAUCUGACUUAUAUGAAGUCAAUUCAAUAAAAUCUAAUAUUUAUAUACCAGUGGAACAAAAUCAAGCAGGGUAUACACAUGGACAUAUUUUGGAAGAGUCAACUUACAAUGAGGAAGAAUGUUUAUUUGACAGUGAGAUUUAUACGUCCCAGAACCAUGCACAAGUGCGAUAUAUAUCCCCUUAUAUUAAAAGGGAAAGGUAUGAAGAUGGAAAUAUAAAACAUACUAGUAUUUGUCAUCCUGUAGAAAAUGCACAACUACAGCAUAGAUCUAGUUGUAUGAAAGAAGAAUCCACUUCACAUGAGUAUCUAUCAGAUACUGAGAAUCACGUAGCAUUCAAAUAUUCAUUUAAUCACCUUAAAGACACAAACAAUGAAGAGAUUUACAUAGGUAUUAAUGCUGCAACAUGUCAGACACAAUCAGAAUAUUCUUCGUACAUUGAAGGACACAGCAAACUUAACAGUAACACUUCAAAAGGACAUAAGAACCUUCCAAUCAUGAACUUUGAGGUUGGCAAACAUUUUAAUAAUGAUUCAGCUCCAGGAGAUUGCUACAGAUCCCAUCCUACUCAGAGCUUGUAUCCCUGCUUUGAGUGUCAGAAAUGUUUUACAAGUAAAUCAGAUCUUGUUAAACAUCAGGGAGUUCACGAUCAAGAAAAAUUGUCUUGCUCUAUAUGUGGAGCUUAUUUUACUAACAACUUACAAGUUGUGGAACAUGUGAAAUUACACAAAGGAAAUAGGCCUUAUUCUUGCUCAGAAUGUGACAAGUCUUACACCAAAAAAUCACAUCUAGAUAGACCAUCAAGAGUUCAUACAGGAGAAAAACCUUAUACAUGUUGUGAAUGUGGAAAAUAUUUUACACAUAUCGAAGACCGUACUACACAUAUGAGAAUCCACACAGGGGCAAAACCGUUUGUAUGUUCCGAGUGUGGGAAAAGUUUCAGUCUCAGUGGAAAUCUGAUAAGACAUAAGAGACUUCAUACAGGAGAGAAGCAAUUUGUUUGCUCAGAGUGUGGAAAAUGUUUUAGCCGGGGUGAAAAUCUUAUUAGACAUCAGAUAACUCAUACUGGAGUAAAACGAUUUGAAUGUUCUGAGUGUGGGAAAUGUUUUAAUUAUAACUCAAGCCUUGUGCAACAUCAGAGUAUACACACGGGUGUGAAGCGAUUUAAAUGUUCAGAAUGUGGGAAAUGUUUCAGCCAGAAUGGAAAUCUUCUCAGGCAUCAGAGAACUCACACUGGCGAGAGACCUUUCCCUUGCUUGGACUGUGGCAAAUGUUUUAGUCUGAAGGCUGUUCUUGAUAAGCAUAAGCGGAUACAUACAGGGGAGAAACCAUUUCCUUGUGCUGUAUGUGGCCGCCAUUUUAGGAGGAGGAGCCAUCUGAAGAGGCAUAUGAGAACACACAUGGAUGGGACCUCAAAUGUUUUUGUUUAAGUCUGUUAAAAAUCAUGGAAUGUAAAAACGAAACAGCCUCCUUAAUAUAGAUCCUGUAUUUCGAAAAUAUGCACUUUUAACUAAUGCAGUACACUAAUAAAAAUGGUUUAUUUAUCAAUGCAAAAUAAUGAACAACAAUUAUUCAGUUUAGCUGAUAUUUUUGUUUCUGUUCUCAAUUAGUUCCCAAAGAUUUUUGGUUUAGUAAAUAAACCACAGAGAGUCAAGUAAUGAAUUAACAAGGCAAUGCCAUAAUUUUUUUAAGUUUUUUUUUUAUUCCUCCACUGUAAAUGGACCAUCUGGGCUGAUGGCAAAAACACUUUUGAAAAAGUUCCUGGUGUUAACAA